AUGUCAGAGUGCAGCCUCGAGAAAAACGAGAGGGCCUGCAUAGACUUUGCCAUAAGUGCCAAGCCCCUGACCCGCUACAUGCCUCAGAACAAGCAAUCCUUCCAGUACAAGAUGUGGAAAUUCGUGGUGUCCCCUCCCUUUGAGUAUUUUAUCAUGGUCAUGAUUGCUCUCAACACCAUCGUCCUCAUGAUGAAGUUCUAUGAUGCUCCAGAAGCUUAUGAAGAAAUGCUGAAAUGCCUGAAUAUUGUGUUUACAUCCAUGUUUUCCAUGGAAUGUGUGCUGAAGAUCAUUGCCUUUGGUGUGCUGAAUUAUUUCCGAGAUGCCUGGAAUGUCUUUGAUUUUGUAACAGUGUUGGGAAGUAUUACUGAUAUUUUAGUAACAGAGAUUGCGGACAACUUCAUCAACCUCAGCUUCCUGCGGCUCUUCCGGGCAGCCAGGCUCAUCAAACUGCUCCGCCAGGGCUACACCAUCCGCAUCCUGCUCUGGACCUUCGUGCAGUCCUUCAAGGCCUUGCCUUAUGUGUGUCUCCUCAUUGCAAUGCUCUUCUUCAUCUAUGCCAUUAUUGGCAUGCAGGUAUUUGGGAACAUUGCCUUAGAUGAUGAAACCUCCAUUAAUCGGCACAACAACUUCCGGACCUUCCUCCAAGCCCUGAUGCUCCUGUUCAGGAGCGCUACAGGGGAAGCCUGGCACGAGAUCAUGUUGUCCUGCUUGAGCAACAGAGCCUGUGACCCCCUCUCUGGCCUCACCAAAAAGGAAUGUGGCAGUGAUUUUGCCUAUUUCUACUUUGUGUCGUUCAUUUUCCUCUGCUCCUUCCUGAUGCUGAACCUGUUUGUGGCUGUCAUCAUGGACAAUUUCGAGUACCUGACCCGGGACUCCUCCAUCCUGGGGCCGCAUCACCUGGACGAGUUUGUGCGGGUGUGGGCUGAGUACGACCCCGCAGCCUGCGGGCGCAUCAGUUACACAGACAUGUAUGAGAUGCUGAGACACAUGUCCCCACCUCUAGGCCUUGGGAAGAAAUGCCCAGCUCGUGUUGCCUAUAAGCGCCUGGUGAGGAUGAACAUGCCCAUCUCUCCCGAGGAUUUAACCGUGCACUUCACCUCCACGCUGAUGGCCCUGAUCCGCACGGCCCUGGAGAUCAAACUGGCCUCAGGUGAGAGGGGUGGGCACCUGGGGGGUCCCUGGGUCACCUGGAGAUCAAACUGGCCUCAGAUCAAACUGGCCUCAGGAGGUGUGAAGCAGCACCAGUGCGAUGCUGAGCUGAGGAAGGAGAUCUCGCUGGUCUGGCCCAACCUGUCCCAGAAGACUCUGGAUUUGCUGGUGCCUCCUCACAAACCUGAUGAAAUGACUGUGGGGAAGGUCUACGCAGCCCUGAUGAUAUUUGACUUCUACAAGCAGAAUAAGAACAGCAGGGAGCAAGUCCAGCCCCCCGGGGGCCUGUGCCAGCCCGGGCCUGUGUCCCUCUUCCACCCCUUGAAGGCCACCCUGGAGCAGACGCAGCCCGCGGCCUUCAACAACGCCAAGGCCUUCCUGCGCCAGAAGAGCUCGGCCUCCCUCAACAACGGGGGAGCCCUGCCACCCCCGGAGGGAGGGAUCAAGGAGUCCAGUUCCUGGGGGACCCAGCGCACCCAGGACGUGUUUUAUGAAACCAGGAGCCCAGCUUUUGAGCGGGGCCACUCCGAGGAGAUCCCCAUUGAGAGGGUGGUAGAAAUGAAGGAGAUCAGCCCCACAGUUGCCAACGGAGAGCCCCAGCCAGGCCUGGAGAGCCAGGGUCGGGCGGCCUCCAUGCCACGGCUGGCUGCUGAAACCCAGCCCAUCCCGGACACGAGCCCCAUGAAGCGCUCGGUCUCCACGCUGACCCCGCAGCGCCCUCACGCCAUGCACCUCUACGAGUAUUCCUUGGAGCGGAUGCCUCCGGAGCAGGGCCACCACCACCACCACCACCGCUGCCACCGGCGGAAAGAGAAGAAGCAGAAGUCCUUGGACAGGGCCGCCCAUCACUUGGCUGAUGGCCAAGCUGUAGCCCAGUCUGGAGAGUCUUCCAAGGACAAGAAGCAGGAGCGUGGCCGCUCCCAGGAGAGGAAGCAGCACUCCUCCUCCUCCUCUGAAAAGCAGCGCUUCUACUCCUGCGACCGCUACGGCAGCCGGGACCGUGCCCAGCCCAAAUCUGCUGACCAGAGCAGGCCCACGUCCCCCAACGGGGGCCCAGAGCACGGCCCGCACAGACAGGGCAGUGGUUCAGUUAAUGGGAGCCCCUUGCUGUCGACAUCUGGUGCUAGUACCCCCUGCCGGGGUCGGAGGCAGCUCCCACAGACUCCACUGACCCCACGCCCCAGCAUCACUUACAAGACCGCUAACUCCUCGCCCGUGCACUUCACCACUUUCCAAACCCCCACGUUCUCCCCGGGCCGCCUGAGCCGCGGGCUGUCCGAGCACAACGCGCUGCUGCGGGGGGAGCAGCAGCCGCCCCCGCCCGCCGUGGCCCGCAUCGGCUCCGACCCCUACCUGGGCCACCGCGACGCCAGCGACAGCCCGCAGCGCGCCGUGCCCGAGGACACGCUCACCUUCGAGGAGGCCGUGGCCACCAACUCGGGCCGCUCCUCAAGGACUUCCUACGUCUCCUCCCUGACCUCGCAGUCGCACCAAAUCCGCCGGGUGCCCAAUGGGUACCACUACACGCUGGGGCUCAACACGGGCCCCGGCGCACGAGGACGCAAUUACUACCACGAAGCCGACGAGGAUGACUGGUGCUAGCGGCUCGGCGGAACGCUGCGAGGUGUGCGUGCUUAAUAAGGAUGAGUUUUAUCAUCUGGAGGGCUGGGAGCUCCCACGGGGGCCCGGGGCCGGAGAAAGCCGGCGGGGCAGCCCCGAGAACUGCUCAGCGCCCGGGGCCGGAGAUGCCCCUGCAGCCUCUCUCUCCUCUGUUGUUCUUUAGGUUUUUUUUCCUUUUUGAGUUGGUUUUUUUUGCACUAGACAGAUGGAGGAAGAAGGCUCCCUCCUUCUGGGGAAGGCAGAGGGAGGAGCACAUCCCUCUCUGCCCCCUCCCCACUGCCUUGUCUAGUCCCGAGACACGCACCAGGCGCCAACCCGGCCACGGACGCGAGGCGCCGGGAGAAGAGCGAUCCUCGCCUUCCACGGUGGAAAAGCAGAACUGUGGGUCCUUGUUGAGAUUGGCGCAGUUUUGUUGGGCUAUUUCUUAAUUAAUUCACCAUCAUAAUUCCCCCCUGCCAGGGCGGGAGCUGGGGGUCGAGAAGGGACUCGCGCGAACAAUGCUCGCCCCCUGCCUUUUGCCUCGUUGAGCGCGGAGAAGGAAGAGAUGCACCCCAGAACCUGGGAGAGGAGAAACACAGCCCAGAACAAAGGACAGUCCUUUGGGACUUGAUGUUCAGCCACUGCAAUCCUUUAGGGCAGAGCUGGUGCCACCCCCGAGCUGAGCCUGCUGUGACACCGCUGCCCUGGGGGUCUCUAAUGUCACUCGCCACAUCGGGUCCUUCACACUGACACACGGUAAAGCCACAAGAGAGCUCCUUUGUAAGGACUGUUUCCUUGCUGCUGAGACUUUUCAAUCCAUCCCUCUCUCCUGUUGACUGCAACACGCCCUCACUGUUUUGUCUUGUUUACAAUAUAAGCUUGAUUUAGCAAAAAACAAUGUAAAAAAAAAAAAAAAAGUCCACAAAAAAAAAACAAACAACAAACAGCCCAAACAAAAAGAGGAAAAAAAAAAAAAGCGUAGGGGUGAGAAGAAGAAAUGUUAUUGGUUUUAUAUCAAGCUAUUAGAUAGAACUUUAACUUU